GCCGCAGUGAUGGCGGAGACAGGAGGAGACUGCUUCCUUGUUCCGCUCUGAGACUCUAAACUAAACAAUAGCCGGUUGUAUGUCGCCGUCAGAGGCUAAGCUCACAGCUGAGGACGCGGCGUGUUUAACGGAUCUUUCUCAGGUGUUUUACCAGCAGUGAGUCAGAAACAAGAGGAUGCCGUCGGCAGAGAUGGCAACAGCGGGCGGACUGAAGCAGUGCCGGCAGGCCCAAGAUCAGCUGGAGGACGCCAUCAGCGGCGUGAUGAAGGCCGAGCAGCAGCUGAGAGAAAACACCAGAGAGGUGCGUGCGGAGCUGCAGAGCUGUGUGAGCCGUCAGCAGGAAGCGCUGCGCUGCAGGGAGGUGUGGCUGUUGGGGCAGAUCGAGCUGCUGGAACAAGUGAAGACUGAAACUCUGCAGCAGCAGCUGCACCAGCUGCACCGGCUCAGAGGUCAGUUUGAUGUGAUCGUCCAUCAGCUGCAGAACUCAAACAGCAGCAAAGACCUGAACAACCAGCUGACCAGCUGCAUGGAGAAGUUAUCCUCUCUGAGUUUGACGCCAGAGGAAACACCUGAGAUGAGUUUCCGCGCCGACACUCGCUCUCUGAGGCUCGCCAUCACCUCGUUCGGCAGCAUCACGGCUCAGCUGGUGGAGGGCGUGUCCUCUCAGAGCUGUCCAAUCGCUGCCAAGAAACAGAAGAUGGAGGUUGGAGCUCUGGGUGACUGGCUGAUGGGAACUCCUCCAUCAAGCAGCGCUCCUAUUGGUUACCAGGGCAGCAAGGACCCUCAGGAUUGGCUGAUUGCACAGAAGGAGAGCAAGGUGAGUCAGAUUUCCUGUCCUGUGCUGGCCUCAAUGGACUUCCUGCAGGCCUGGGGUCAGCUCAGGGACCUGGAGGCUUGGGUCCUCCAGGACCAGACCGCCGCCAGCAGGGAGCGGACCUACAGCAGCUCCAGCUCCUCCUUCUCCAUCGAGAAGAUCGACGAAUCAGAGCUCGCCGUCGCUCCCGAGGAGGUGGAGGAGGAGGAGGAGAUGAGCGACUGGCUCAUCACCCCGCCCACUGUUGCCAUGGAGACCAUGUCAGACGCCGAGCGGUGGCGGCGGGUGUUGAAGCCGUUCGAGGAUGGCUGGUCGUCCAGCGAUUGGCUGCUGGGGUCGAGGCCCCCCGCCGCUGACUGCUCCUCCUGCUGCCAGACCACCAAGGCCCUGGAGAUCGAGAACCUGGGCCAGCUCAAGUGCCUAAAGACCCCGCCUGCCUCCCCCGAGUCCCCGCCCACGCCGGCGGCUCUGGAGGCAUGGCUACAGCAGGUGGUGCCGGUGCAGCAGAACUGCAGGGGCAACGAGGUCUGCUCCUCCUACGCCGACUGUGUCUGUGACGAGAACUGUGGGAGGGACGCUCUGAGCCACUGGCUCCUCCAGCAGGACGGACGGGACAAAAACGGGGUCCCAGUAGACCAGCACGCCAACAUGGACACCACGCCAACCACCAAGCAUGCCACGGCCACCACGCCUGCCUCAAAGAACGCCACGCCCACCCUGCACCACCGGGAGCAGGAACAGAAGGUCCAGGCCAUCCUGGAGGCCUGGCUCCACCCCUCCAACACCACCUCCCUCUCUGGCUGGGUGGUUCCUGAGGAGGAGAAGGCCAGCAGGGAGGAGCACAGCUCCCAGUUCAAGCCUUCUUCCUCUUCCUUCUACUCCUCCUCUUCCUCCUGCUUGUCCCCGUUCCAGAGCCCUCUGGAUCCAGAUCUCUGGGUGAUUCCAGGACAAACUCGGGAGUCAGGAGGUCAGCCCAGCGCAGCAGCAGAGGAGGACAAAUGGCUGCUGAAGAAGAGGAGUCAAGCUCAGGAGCGUCUUGCGAUGCCGUCCGUCUGUGACCUGUUCUCCUGUAUGAAGGUGGGCGGAGACAAAGAGAAGUGGCUGCACAGAGCUGCUGAACAGAUGUGACGACGAUGAAGAUGCUUCUUCUUCUUCUUCUUCUCUCUUCUGGGAGUCACUUUAUCGCUGAUCAGCGCACACGACCGCAACAAUCUAACCAACGCCGCCGCCGCUGCCGCCGCCUUCUUUCGCUGAGCUCUCCUCCAAUCAUGAUCAAGUACCCACCGAUCAAUGUUUCUCCAAACUCUCUCAAGUUAGUGUGACUCACGGGUCGUAGAGCUUUCAGCUGCGUCUCACUGGCUUCAUCAGCUCAGGUGUUAAUUUAACAAUACAUGAAACAUGAGACAGAAGAGAGCGGCUGGAAUCAGACGAUACCGAAUUAGUUUCACUAAAAUGAAUGAAACUAUUAAUCGAUUAUCAAACAAGUUGAUUGAUAAGCUUCAUUAUCGUCAACAUGUCCCAGAAUGCAUUUCAUCAGCUGAUCCUGACUGGAGGAGACGGGGCGGAGCUUGAGGGGACAGGGUGAGGUUGAAGGGGCGGGGCUAAACAUGUGGUGGGCGGGGUUAAAAUUAGACAUAAAGUAGCUUUUAUUUUAAUGGAGCUUGUUUUUAUGAUUUCACUUUAUUUCUUCAUUUAACAGAAUAAUGUUGUUUUUAUUCUUCUCUUGUUUUUCUGUCAAACUGCUCCACUGCAAAGAUCUACUUCCUGUCCAGACUGCACGCUGCUCGCAUCACGACUGACGCUGUGCUCUGCACAUGCUCAGUAGGGAUUCUGACGCACUUUAAAGUCUCUUUUCAUAAAUAUAUAAGCUUCAAAGAUUAAAACUUAAUAACUCAAAGAUUUAUAACGGAGUCAGAAUGAGCUGCAGUACUGCAAGUGACCUCCAGCUGAGUGGAGGCGCUGCAGUACUAUUCUGUUAAUACAUUUAUUAAUAGGUGUAUUAAUAGAUUUAUUAAUUCUGGUCCUCCGACCAUCAGUUCUCCCACAAUGUUUGAUUAAUAUUAUUGUUAUUAUUAUUUUAAAGCGUGUAUAAAGUGUAAACAGUGUGAGAGGAAACAGCUGUUGGAUCUUUCAAAUUAAAAGCUUCUGUUUCUAUGCCCUGAGUUGAGUCUGCAGGCAGACCUCUCAUUUGAUUGGUGGAACCUGUCAUAUGUCGUAACACCACAUUGAAGACUCAGUUCAGGGCAGAAAACACAUUUCUAAAAUCUACAGAAUAAAUAACUGUUUCCCAGAAUGCCGUCUGGUGGAAGCGUCCUGCAGUCUGUUCGGUCACAUGACUCUGCAGUCAGCAGUGAUUGGUGCUUUUUAUUGAAGCUCUAGUGUGAUGAUUUUGUGGGGGCGGGGCUUCUGUCAUAUAGAGCUGUGAUGUCAUCAGUAAUCUCUGUGAUUCUCUACAGUAAUAAAACAUGCUGACAUCA